CCCAUUCUUUUAAGUUUAUCUGUACUGUACCGUAUGAUUAAGAGUCUGUGGUUAAGAUUUGCGGUGUUUCUCUCGUGACAAUUUUUGGUUACUUUUCAGUUUUAAUUCAAAGGAUAUUUAAUAAAUAAAUUGAAAAAGAAAUACUUCAAUAUGGUUUCACUUAAUCCCAUCAGAAUAUUGAAGAAUGAAGCAGAAGAAGAAAAGGGUGAGGUAGCUCGGAUGUCCAGCUUUAUUGGUGCCAUUGCUAUUGGUGAUUUAGUCAAAAGCACUCUUGGCCCCAAAGGAAUGGACAAAAUCUUGGUUUCUUAUGGUAGAAACGCUGGCCAGAUAGAGGUUACAAAUGAUGGUGCUACUAUUCUUAAAUCAGUAGGUGUAGACAACCCUGCAGCAAAAAUUCUGGUUGAUAUGUCAAAAGUACAAGAUGAUGAAGUUGGAGAUGGAACAACAUCAGUUACUGUGCUUGCUGCUGAACUUCUUCGGGAAGCAGAAAAGCUUGUUGAACAGAAAUUGCAUCCACAAACAAUAAUAGCAGGCUGGCGCAUAGCUGUUGAAGCUGCCAAACUAGCCCUUUCAGAUGCUAGCUUUGAUCAUGCAAAGAACUUAAAUGAUGCAGCAUUACGAGCUGACUUGGAGAAUAUUGCCCGUACUACACUGAGUUCCAAGAUCCUUUCAAAUCACAAAGAGCAUUUCACAAAAUUAGCAGUUGAUGCAGUAUUAAGGCUUAAAGGUUCUGGCAACUUGAAAGCAAUACAAAUUAUCAAGAUCUCUGGUGGUGUUCUCGAAGAAUCCUUCCUGGAUGAAGGAUUUCUAUUGAAUAAGAAGGUUGGAGUACAUCAGCCAAAACGCAUUGAGAAUGCAAAUAUAUUAAUUGCAAACACACCGAUGGACACAGAUAAAAUCAAAGUUUUCGGUUCAACGAUCAAAGUGGAUUCUAUGGCUAAAAUCGCUGAACUUGAAGUAGCUGAGAAGGAGAAAAUGAAGGACAAAGUCAACAAGAUUCUGGCUCACAAGUGCAAUGUCUUUAUUAACAGGCAGUUAAUCUACAAUUACCCAGAGCAGUUGUUCGCUGAUGCAGGUGUCAUGGCCAUUGAGCAUGCCGAUUUUGAUGGAAUUGAAAGAUUGGCACUUGUCACUGGUGGUGAAAUUGUCUCCACCUUCGAUUCUCCUGAAAAAGUCAAAUUGGGACACUGCAAAGUCAUUGAACAGGUUCUAAUCGGUGAUGAAUGUCUGAUUCGUUUCUCGGGAGUCGAACUGGGGUCUGCUUGUACUAUCGUCAUCCGUGGAGCCACUCAACAGGUCAUUGAUGAAGCUGAACGGUCCCUUCACGAUGCUUUGUGUGUACUUGCAGCUACUGUUAAGGAGCCUAAAGUUAUAUACGGAGGAGGUGCAAGCGAAAUGUUGAUGGCCGAAGCUGUGUCCCGUGCCGCGACCCGUAUAGCUGGAAAGGAGGCUGCCGCAGCUGAAGCGUUUGCGAUCGCUUUGCGGCGUCUGCCGCAAGCUGUGGCUGACAAUGCCGGUUAUGACAGCGCUGAACUGAUUGCACGGCUCAGAGCGAAACAUGCACAGGGGGAGAAAACUAUGGGAUUAGAUAUGGAUAAAGGUAUAAUUGGUGAUAUGAAGAUUUUAGGUAUAACAGAAUCUUAUGUAGUCAAACGCCAAGUACUGCUCUCGGCCGCCGAAGCAGCUGAGAUGAUUCUUCGUGUUGACAACAUUCUGAAGGCUGCCCCGCGCCGUCGUGGACCGGACCGUCGUCCAUGCUAAAUUUUAUCGUUAUUAUUUCAGCUCGUCCCAGUAAUUUUAGCAUUUUUUACAUUGAAAGGAUUAAAACAAUUUUUUUUACUAAAGCAGUUGAUAUUUUUACUAUAUUAUUAUAUAUUAAUGUCAAUAAGGUUAGCUGUGCUAACAAUUUUUAAUUAAAAAUGUUCGUUUUUAUUCUUCCAAAUUCAGUGUUUUAGUAUCAUGUACUGGGACAGCUGCACUUAGCCUUAUAAUGCUUGUAAAGUCAUAUUGACUCUAAUAUACAAAAUAAUUUUGGAUUCUGCCUGCAUUUGAAUACUUAAGGGAUUAUUAAAAUACACGAAAGUGAUCAUAAAUUUACGAGGAAUAGUGUAGAAGAUCUGUCUAAGAGGUUGUCUAUGACUAGAGACCUUUCAUAAACAAAGUGCGCCAUCUUUGGUUUUUACCCGGCAAAUUUCGUAACACGUUUUAUAUAAUAUUAAAAUCAGCGCCAUCUCUUAAAAGUAAAUGGAAGCGGAAACAGCUGAUCCAUACCAAGUUGCUUUAAAGUUAAAAUUUUGAUAAAUGUGUGACUACAGUACUUUACUUCUUUACUAUAAUUAUAUGCAUUUUGUAAGCACGCAUUUUUCGAACGUAUCCUGUUAGAUUUUUCAGCGUUUUUGUAUAACAGCAGAACUGUUUUCAUUUAAACAUUAAUAUUAUUAAUAUAAGGUUUAAGUUUCAUUUCGUGGAGCUCACAAAAGUUUAUUUCUUUAACAUUAUUUUUAGUUCGCCUUAUUAUGUACUAAAUAAAUUCUUCACAAAA